GUGGGCUUAACAAUAACACAGACCACAAACAAGGCAAGGAAUGCCUUUCUAGUUGCUCUAUUCAUAAUGCUUAGAGCCUAAUCCUGCAGUCCUGGACUCUGCAGCACAGCGGGGCUUCUCUGCUAUCAAUUUAGCAGUGAUCUCAAUGGGAGAGAGGAGGGUACAAUAACAAUGUGGUUUUACCAUGUAUCUUUGGAGUAAUCACUUUUUCUUCUCUUCUGUUGAAACUUUUGUCCAGUGGCUUUAUUCUCUGUUGCUUUCCUUACUACCAUUCUUUAUUCGUCUCUUCACAUCCAAAUGUUUUGCUUUUAUGAUUUUCCUUCAUCAUAUGCUUAUUUUACCUCUCCCUUUUCUUUUCUCUCCACUCCACUUCGGUCCUUUCAACUUAUUUUUCAUUUCACUCUUCUCCUCUCCUAAAAUCCUCACCCCUCUACAACUAUUUGUUCAACCUUUCCUUCCCUUUAUCUCCUCUCCCCUCUUCUUUCCUUUUCAUAAUUGUCAUCAUGUCCUGUCCCCAGGCCUGUGAGAUCCCAGAGACUGCCCAGUUCAGCCUGGCCCCCUCUGAAGAGCUUUCCAGACCCUGCUCUGUGCUGUGCUGGGACCUCCUGCAGACCAGCGUCCAGGAAGCGCUGGAGUUCCCUCUGCCGCUGAGAUACAUGCUUCUCCGCCUACUUCCCAAGCCUGAUGGUGGAGUUGGAUCAGCAGGAUGGAGCCUGCCCGCUCCGAUCCGAUCAGACUUCCCCAGGCUGAGUGUGUCUGUUCCUGGGGAAGCAGAGUCUGUGGGGGGCCUGAGCAGUAGAAGCAUAGUACUGACAUAUCAAGAACACCUUGGGGUGACAUACAUCAUCCUGAAUGAGGACCCCUGUCCACGGAUGGUGAUCCACAACAAGUGUCCUAUCCCACUCAUGCUGAAGGAAACAGUCAAAGAAACUGCAAGGACUGAGGUGUACUGCCGUCCUCUGCCUGCUAACUGCUCCCUGCACCAUGAGCUCUACCACCAUUUCUCCAGUUUCCCUGAGUGCAGACAGAAAGAGAUGCUGCCCACACUGCUGCUAAAAACCACAUCAGACCACAGCUCCACUGACUGGACUGACCCCAUAGACAUCAACUGUCCCGGGACUCAGACCUGUGGUGUUGCACAGGUGGUGUUCCUGCCAGGCUUCGGCUGUCUCUACAUUGACGUGCUGUAUGAGAAAGGCACUCUGGUUCUGUGUCUGGCACCAGAGGGCGGCCUGGACGCUGUGAUCCACCAGCACAGCAGCUCACGUAAAGCGUCCUGCAGAGUGCUCCUCAGUGAAGCCAGUGUGGUGUUAAGUGAUGACAUCACCAAUCCAUCUGGAUCUGUGGAGCUGCUCAGACUCACGUUGACCAAGCUGUUCCUCAGCCUGGCUCCAGCCCCCACUUCCCUGCCCCAGGAGCAGGGAGCCUCUGACCUGGGAUCAGCACACAUCUCGCUGGUCGAGGUAUAUUGCUCCAACCUGCAGAUAGACAACCAGCUGUAUAACAGAGCCAGUUUCCACUUCCCUGUGCUGCUGUGCCAGGAUCAGAGAAACGGUGCUGAGCCUGGGGGGGGUCCCUGGAGCAGCGAGGCCAACCCCACUGAGUCUCCUGAAGCCCUGGAGGAGUUCAAGCGCUCCUGCUUCCUGCAGCUGAGGAUGAGGCUGGCAGGGGACAGGUGCAAUGCAGAGGAGGUGAGGGCAUGAUCUGUCUUUGUUUCU